UAAAGAUGUAGGCCACCUCUGAGCGCUGCUGUUCUGGGUCCGUCCGCCAGAAAUGUACUAUCGCACACCGGCUGCUGUUUUUGUGUGGCUGGUUUUUCUAUCCUCGACAUCAUUUGGGGACACAGCGUCAUCAUGGGGGGCCUGGUCCCCCUGGGGUCCCUGCUCGGUAACCUGCGGCAAGGGGGUCCGGGCCAGGACCAGGAAGUGUUCUGAUGCGGCCGGGACUUGCGAGGGGGGUAAGGAGGCAGGGGUGGAGAGCUCUGUAUGCACAGUGGACUGUGAGGGUGCAGUAGAGGUGCACGAUCUGGACGUUCCCGCCGGAGCCACCGUCACAAUCGACUCGCUUGCUGAAUAUGUUCUCAACGACAACAAAGAUGGCGCCGUGGUCUGGCUGAAAGAUGGAGAACCUCCCAAACCCACUGGCCACGCGCACGUGGUGGCGGGAAACAUGCUCCAGGUGACGGGGGUUACCCAGGAGGAUGCCGGAAUAUAUGUCGCCAGGGGACACAAAGGAAAAACCAAAGUGCUGACGACCAUGGUCAUCAUCAAAGUUGUGGAGGGAGCUGGUACCGUCAACAUGCUCCAUGUGAUAAUUGCCGCUGCCGUUCCCAUUGUCCUGUUUUUGGUGUUGAUGACGUGCUGCUGCCUGAUCAGGAGAAAAUUAAAUAAAAGGAAGAAAGGUACGUCGUCAGAAAAGACAGACAAGAAGAAAUCAGGCAAACAGAAGAAGGAUCAGAAGAAAAAGGAUCAGAAGAAAAAGGAUCAGAAGAAAAAGGGUGAAAAGAAGAAGAAGAAAUCAGACAAAUCGGAUGAGGAUAGGGGAAAGAAGAAGAAAAGCAAGAAGGGAAAAGACGGAUCAGGGCCCGGGCCCCCUCCCCCAGGCCCAGCCCCUCCCCCACCGGGACCACCACCACUUGGUCCACCAGGGCCUCCUCCCCCCGGCCCUGCUCCUGCUCCGCCUGGUCCCCCAGCCGGCGGCGGCGGCGGCCUGAGAGGCCUCGGGGCGGUCAAACUGAAGUCUGCGGGCUCCCGGCCGCCUCCAAGCAGAGGUCCGCCCAAACCGGAGCCAAAGAAACCUCCGGCGUCAAGCAAGAUCGCCUCCAUGCAGGGCGCGCUGGGCGGACUUUUUGGAUGA